AUGGCGGACUCUAUUCAUCCCCUUUUGUUCUGCAAGCACUGCGAGGUCAGUGGACAUGACGUUGUCUACUGCCAUCGUCUUUUUGAAGACUUGACUGCUUUUGCCCAACCCGUUGGCGUCGACACGGGAUACCACACCCAGGGCUCGACUUCUGCCAAUGAGAAGCCCUACCGUAUUGCGCGCUGGGGUGAAGGAAGAAAGAGGAUGCACAAAAAGCAGACGGGAAGCUUCGCUAACGACGCCAACCUCAAUCCAGCUGAGGCCCAGAAGCUCGCAUUCUACCUCGAACAACACCGACGUUACUGGCACUGGUGCCGUGCUUUGUGGGCCGGGCCGUGCCGGCGGCCAGAGUAG